AGCGGAACAUAAUUUUCCAAGGCUACAAAGACAACUCAACUCGUGGCUGGAGUUGCAUUUGCCGAAUGACGUGGCGCCCCCAGCUCUCUCUCUCUCUCUCGCCCCCCGCCCCCCCCUUCUCUCUCCCUCUCUCUCUCUCUCUCUCUACAAUAUCCUCUCUCCCCGUGACGGUGUAGAAAUGUCGGAACCCAAAGGAGACCCAGCGAUUAAGCUCUUUGGAAAGACGAUUCCGGUCAUCGAGAUUCUGCCGCCUCCGGCCGCAGCUCCAACCUCCUUCGGACCCGCUUCUCCUACGCCGGUUCGUCCUGAUAUUCCUGCCAACGAAAGUCCCGUUCAAGAUCGGGUUUAUUCGACCGAGGAUGGCAACAACUCGAAUAGACUCGGAGAAGAUCAGGAACCUGAUAAGGCCCCGUCUGGUAUCAAACUGAGUGAUGCUAAACAGGAGGAUGGAGCCCAGCCUAUUACUUCAGAGGAAAUAGCAGAUCCAAAUUCAAGUGCAGGGGUAAAUGACAACCCAAAAACACCACCCGUUGAUAAUGAAGCCUCAACAUCAAGGACUGAAGAAGAUCAAAAUGAGACUAGUAAUUCACAAGAGAAGACCCUAAAGAAACCAGACAAGAUACUUCCAUGUCCCCGCUGUAAUAGCAUGGACACCAAAUUCUGUUACUUCAACAACUACAACGUGAACCAGCCGCGACACUUCUGUAAAAACUGCCAGAGAUACUGGACAGCUGGUGGGACCAUGAGGAGCGUUCCCGUGGGUGCCGGUCGCCGGAAGAACAAGAACUCAGGCUCUCACUACCGUCAAAUAGCCAUACCAGAAGCUCUUCCAAAUGGGAUCCACCAUCCGAAUCUAAACCCCAAUGGCAGUGUCCUCACUUUUGGCUCUGAUACACCCCUCUGCGAAUCAAUGGCUUCAGUCUUGAACGUCGCGAACAAAACGAUCCAAAAUCACUCUCAAAAUGGAUUUUGUAACCCAGAAGAACUUAGAAUUUCAGUUCCUUAUGGAGCUGGAGAGAAAAGGGAUGAGCACUUGAGCCAAUCUUCAGUCAUUGCUGUAAAUUCAAAGGAAGAAAUGGGUACAAAUGUGCCACAAGAUCCAAGAAUGCAGAAUUGUCAUAGCUUCCCUCCUCAGAUACCUUACUUCCCUGGGGCUCCAUGGCCGUACCCUUGGAAUUCAGCUCAAUGGACGCCACCUGCUUUUUUUCCGCCAGGGUUUCCUAUGCCGUUCUACCCACCGCCUUACUGGGGUUGUACCCUUCCGGGCACUUGGAAUGUCCCUUGGGUAGCUCCCCUUACUUCUCCGCCCAUCCAAUCAGGUCCUCCUUCUGGUCCUAAUUCACCAACUUUAGGGAAGCAUUCUAGGGAUGAGAUUAUGAUUACAAAACCCAGCUCUGGCCAAGAGGAGUCAGAGAAAGAGGAUAAUAAUGAGCCGUGCCUUUGGAUUCCAAAAACGUUGAGAAUCGAUGAUCCAGGUGAAGCAGCAAAGAGUUCUAUAUGGCAAACAUUGGGAAUUAAAAAUGACAAAGGUGAUUCAAUCAGUAAGGGAAGUAUGUUUAAGGCCUUCCAAUCGAAGCGUGAUGAGAAGAAUCACAUGCCAGAAACUUCUUCGGUGUUACAAGCAAAUCCUGCAGCUUUGUCUCGGUCACUCAACUUCCAUGAGAGCUCAUAGGUGGGUAGCUUAUGAAAACUUGUUUUAACUUUCCUAGUCUAGGUGAGUAAUUCUACAUUCACAUAAACCGGCCACUGAAAGGAGGAUGAAAAUCAAAUUCAGAAGUUGGUCCCCCUAAGGCGACUUCUUUAAUUGUCUCGUGCAUUUUUCUGACGCCGAUUUCUGUGACCGUAGAAUUACUCCUGUGCUGACAAUUGAAGAGCGGAUCUCUGCUAGUGCUUGGAAAAUUAUUGUUACUUUGUACACAAUGAGGCCACGUUGAUUCACCAGCCUCAUUUGUCGGAAUCUACUCCCAGAAUUACAGUGCAAUUCAGAAGACAUCAGAAGGUGAAGAUGGAGAUUCUAGAUUAGCUGUAAGUGGUGGCUGAUUCCUACUCUUUACGACUGGAAGUAGAGUCUGGUGCUUUCACUUUAUGUAUUGUGAUUUUAGUCCAUAUGUAUUGUAUAGUUGUAUAAGAAACAGGGAUAACAAGGAGUGAGUUUUUGUAACAAAUCCCAUAUGUAAUGAAAUAAAUUUGGAAUUUAGUUC